CUGCGGCCGGCAAGCGAGGCAGCAUGUCCCGUGCCGCGCCAUUAGCUCUCGCGCUCGCGCUACUCGCCACUCUCGCCGCGUGCGUAGAGGAAGAUUGUAAAGACUGGGAGGGCAAAUCAGUGCCUCACGGGCUGUUGUAUGUGCCAGGACCAGGGGUGUGUUCCAUCUGUGUGUGCUACCACUCGCAGCCCAUGUGGUGCAAAGCUAUUUACUGUGAUCCGCCUUAUUUCUGCAAAAAUUUCCGAGUUGGGGAGCGUUGUUGUGAAUUUGAGUGCUUGGACCCACCUGGAGAAGAUACCAGGUAUCGUGAACGACAACGUUUACGAGCGCUCAUCCUUGCUGGCAACUCUUCGGCACCUCACACCAAACCUUCUUUACAAAUCAAAGCUGGGAUCUCAUUGAUAGCAGUAGCUGUUGCGAGAUUCGUCUGAAGAGAGACAAUUAGACGAUAUAUUUUCGUGCACUGGUGAUAAAUAACGGAUAUAUCGUAGGCUCUUGUGAUUUAUUAAUCAGCCAACCCAAAUAAAUAUAACUCGAGUUAUAAAAUCGUAUAGAUAUACACGGUGCUAAGAUAGGUAUCUUAGUGGUUGACAUCCUCUUCUCAGAACUUUACCUAAAUAACUUUUAACAACUUAACCUAAAAUCUGAACUGAGAGAUGCAACUAUGUCACUCAAAAGUGACACCUCUUACAGAUGGAAAUGUAUGUUCGUAUUAUUCUGUGAUUACAACACGAUACUCCAAGAUCAAUCCAAGACAAGAUGGUACUUUAUAUAAGAUAAUUUACUAAAUCUAAAAACAUUUCGUCUCUUAAAAAACCUUAGUAAAAAUUCUUGUUACAAUUUUCUCCUAACUCACUAUCUUUUUGUAAUAACUCAAUUGCCAAAGAAAACACCAAUUUACCUCUAUCGAUACCUUUUAUAAAUUCACUUAAGUUACAUUAAGACUUUACUUAGCUAGUCAUAUUUUUACAGAAACAAUUUAGCUUACAAUUAAUUUCUAUUUUUAUCGGAAAAAUAAUAGAAUAUUAAUCAGACGAUUCCGUUUUUGCCUGUAAAAUGAAAUAAGGUAUUUACACCGACAAUAAUCAUAAAAGCUAGACUAAGAUUUGAGAUCUUGCUUUUAUGCGUAGAAUUGUUACAAUGAUUAAUUUAUAAUGUUACAUUUCCUCGAACUAAAAUAAAAUUUUGCAAGCAAUAUGCGGAGAAUCUACAGAAGUCUUCAACUUUCAACAAAAUGGCAUACUGCCAAUUUUAUGUUUACCAAUUUUAAACAAAAAAAAAAAGUUAAUUGUAAAUUGCGAGGAUCUAAAAAUUAUCAGUAUGAUUUCGUAAAAGAUACGGUAGGAACAUAACUUCAGUCGAUUGUCAUAUUGCUUAAAAGAUUUUCAAGAAUAUGGUAAAGUAUGUGUACUUACCGUUUUUUAAUUUUUAAAUGAUUUGUUUUUACUUUUUGUACGCUUUGUUUUGUGACUAGGGCUAUUAUGUCAUGGCUAAUUUGAUAAUUUAAAUAUUAGUAUUUAAGUUUAAAGAUAAUAAUUUAUUACACAGAUAAUAAUUAGAUACAAAUAAAAUUUUCGGACCAAUUUUAUGUAAACAAGUAGCCUGGUGUUCGAUAUUUUAUUUUCCAUAUUAAUUUUCAUGUUAAAUGUGUCUUGUCCGGUAGAAACUAAAAAGAGUACAGAUAACAACAAUUAUGUACCAUUUUGAAUAUAACGCUUUAUCCACGUACCACAUUUAAUAUAUAAUAGAAAGAAGAAACAAAAACAAUUAAAUUAUACAAUGAGCACCUACAAUAUAUAAUUUUUUGUAGUCGAAUGUACUUAUGUACUUUAUGGUGCAAUAAUUCCCAAAAUCUACCACAUUAAGUGUUGCAACAACUGAAUUAUAUUAAAAAGAAAAUUGCAAUAUUGUACAGUGUAUACAUCGUGUACAGAAUAUAUAAGUUCAUGUUCAUAAAUGUAUAAAUCAAUUAAAACUAAACAGAUGACGCACUUGUAAUAAACAACUUAUGUAGUGUAUAAUUUACUAAAGUUUUACUGUAUUAUCUGUACCGUUAAAUAUUGCAACUGUGUGGAUGGACCAUAAAAUUAAGGAAAAGGUAUCUGAAACAUAGUGUAAUUAUAUUGUAUGCUAAUUAUUUUAAUGAAAAUCUGUGUGCCUUACACAGCCCUUCGAGAUUUCGCUCGAAAUAACAUAAAACAAUUUAUUCUCCCUUCUACAUUAUAUAAAAAUCCAGUGAUAUUAUAAAGUAGAUAAAUUAUAGAAUAUACCAAUUGAAAGAAUUAUGAAAUUCUUCACUUCUUAAUAAAUCGUGUAGAUAGGCACAUGAAAAUUGUAGCUUUAAAUUACUUACGUCAUAUCAUCGGCUAUUAGGACUAAUGCUCACUGAGACAUAUAGCCACGGUAACAGCUUCAUCACGACGUAAUGAUGAUGUAAAAUUACACACUAUCGAAUUUGUUAUCGUGUCUUUUGUCGAAGUACACGCCUAGCCUUAGAAUUUUAAAAUACAGCAAUGCGAUAAAUAAGCUUAGAUUUACUUUCAAUUUAUUUUUCAUUAUUAAACAUAAGCCAGAUAAGCCAGAUACAAUGCUAGAUACUUUAUUAUCUCAUUUAAAGAACUAAGUCACUGAUGUUUGUCUAUGUGAUUUAAUGAUAUGCUUCUAUAACACAAAAAUAUUGCAUUGCUUUACAAUCUUAAACCAUACGUGUGAAAAAUAAAAAACUGAUUUUCAUAAUUAUGAUAUCUGAUUUAAAUGACGAAAAAUACUGUAUAAUAUAGCUUCUUAUUUCAUGAAUAAGUUUAAAAUAAAUAUAAUUAUGGCAAUGUGAGACGUAAUUAGUUUAAAAGAUAAAAUAAAACAACGUCCCCAGAUGAAUAGCAAGAAUUUAACAUUAAUUCGUAGAUAUUAAUUCGACAUAGCUAUAUAGCGUGACCAAGAUAUUCGACCUAGGUCAUAGGCAUAAUGACAUAAAAAAUUAGCUUUGACAAUAAAAAAAUUCGCUACACACGUAGUGUUUUAUAAUGACAUCUUCACACGGCAAUUAUAUUAGGAUUAUUCAAAUUUGGCUUCAAUAUUGACAUCUAGAUAUCUUCAUAACAUAUCAACUAAAAUGAAUCACAUCCUGCUUAAUUGUGAUAGUCAAAAUUUAAAGAUUAUUUUUAAAUAAAACUAACGAUCUAUUUAUGAGAUAUAAGAAAACACCAAGUAAAAAUUAAAGGAUAUUUAAACAAUGUAACCUGUCAAAAAAGACGUUAACCUGUUAAAAUAAAUACAGAUUGUCUGUUUGAUUUUGACUACAAUCUAUUUUCUGUAUAUAAUAAUGCUUCCGACUGUACUUAUGGCUUAUGAUGAAAUGAUAAUAUUAUUUUUAUAUUCCGUAAUUUGGAUCCCUAAUUAACAGCCGGUACCGUCUAUACAUUAUACAUAAAACUAAAUAAAGAAAAAUCACAGUACCUACUAAUUUAUUUUAUUUAAAACAAUCGAUACUGCUGUUAACAGAAUAUCUAUUUAUUAUUUUUGCCCUAAUAAAUUACAAAAUUAAAAAACAAGCCUGAAGAUCAUAAGUUUGUUUUCAUAAGUUUAUAUAAUGUUAAUAAUGACGAAUGUGUUUUUAAAAGGGAUUAGUAUAGGGUUGCUUAAGUCAAACACCUACACCAUUUGAGUGCAUCAAUACUUACAUUAUAAUGAGAAAUUAAAAGUAAUCAUAUUUUUAGG